CUGGACUUUGCCCUUGUCCCCGCCUGAACUGCUUCCCACCUAUCACAGACUCUUCUUGCAGGUGCGAGUGUCGCCCGGUGACGGUUUCUGUCCCCAUCGGGGCUCUCUGUGGGGUCUUAGGUUGGCAUGGGACCCUCGGGGACCCCCGAGUGUGGAAGCUGUCCCGCCGUGGAACACUGCGGGAAGCCAACUGUGACUCAGCAUCUGAGCCACAAGCACCAGUCGGCUGCACUUACCUUUCAGGAGGUCCUGAGAGUGGCACCAGGAAUGUCUGUGGGAGAUUAUUUUCCUACACUUUGGAAUUUUUGCUGCCAGGUGCAUGGGGAAAUAAGGCGAGUUUUCCACAUCAGAGCAGGCCCUGCCAGCUGGCCGUGCCGGUGACACGGGGGGACUCAGGUGCCCACAGGAGGGCUGGGAAUUUCCCUGUCUCCCUCAAGCCCUGACACAGCACCAGGAUCCUCUGCCCGCAGUGGGCAGCGACGUUCAGAAGGGUUUUGGCUGUGCCCGUGUGAGCACCUCGGGCCAUGAGCGCAUCCGGGCUGCCCAGCCGGCACCGCGGGCUGAACCGGCACUUGGAACGUCACCAGGCACCGUCACGCUGCGUGACGCAGCCUGGCAUGGGGGAAUGCCCCGUGGUUUCGAUCCCGUGUGAGCGCUGAGCUGCCUCGGAGGGCGUCCUCACCCGGAGCUGACUCAGCGGCAGCCGCCGCACGCGGAGCUGCUCCAGCGCCCGCCAGCCACCGUCCCGCGGGGACACGGAGAGGACGUGGCUGGGUAGCAGGAGGAGCGGGGACAUUGGGACAACGUUGGGACGCCCUCAGAAAGAGCGCAGGGGGAAGCAGUGUGGCAGCUGAUCCGUGCCGAGGAGGCUCCCACGCCGCAGGGCCGAUCCAGCCGACGGCACGAGAGCCCCUCGCUGCCCGUGGCGGCCGCCCACCCCCUGUCCCGCUGCCGGCACGGAGGAUGCCCGUCGAGGCGCUGCAAGCCGGCGACACCAUGAAGGGGGUGACGGUGACAGCGCCUUUCACCUCGGUCAUGCCCGUCCGCAUCCUCCGCAAGGGCCCCGCGUAUUUCCGCCGGCACGCCGAGCCGGGGGCCGCGAAGCCCAGCGCAGUGGAGAGGCUGGAGGCCGACAAGGCCAAGUAUGUGAAGAGUCAGCGGGUCGCCAGCACCAAGCAGGAGCCGGUGAAGCCACUGCUGCUCAAGCAGCCCCUCUUCACGCCGGGGGUGCGCCGGGCUGUGCUCACCCCCAGCCGCAGGGCACCCGCCAGCCCGCGCCGCGCCGAGGCUGCCAGCCCAAAGGCCUCCCUUGACCUGGAGAUCCUCAACAACCUCAUCAACCUCUGUGACAGCCCCUUCCCUAAGGCUGAGAACCCACUGGGCAGGGAGUGCAGGUGGCGGGCAGAGGUGCCGGUGGCGGAGGGGCCUGGCAAGCCGCCGGAGAGCCCCACCAUGGCCAGGCCCCCCGGCAGCGUGGCUGUGCGGAGGGUGGACGUCCGUCCCUGUGGAGCUCCACGGAGCCCAGUGACACCGGUGCCCGCGUCCCCUGUCCCAGGUGGGCUGCCUGUGACCCCGUCUCGGAGCUCACCCGCCCGCCCCGAGAGCGCCCGCCGGCAGCCGCUGCUGCACCGCUCCAAGUCGGACCUGAGCGACCGGCUCUCGCGGGCCACUGCCGACCUGGAGCGCUUCUUCAACUACUGCGGCCUCGACCCCGAGGAGAUGCAGGACAUGGGGGCCGAGCGCUUCGCCCGCGCCAGCUCCGACAUCGUGUCCCUCAAGUUCCACAGCGUGAGCACGGCCAGCUCGGAGGGCGGGCGCUCGCCGCCCAGCGCCGCCACACUGGAGGGGCGACCGGCCGAGCGUGUACCCUACGGCAUCUCCGUCAUCGAGCGCAACGCCCGUGUCAUCAAGUGGCUCUAUGGGCUGCGCCAGGCCAGGGAACCCCAGCAGGUCUCCAAUGUGUAGCAGUGCCAUGGUGGGCACCGGAGAUGGGUUGCUUGCAAGCGGGCAAUGUUGGAUGGGGACAGAGCCCAGGCUGUGCCCUGGGAGGAGCAGGGACCUCUUGGCUGUGACAGGACCCUUGAACUCAGCCCCCCCUGUGCCACAGCACCACUGGCCCGAUGUGGUGGCUGGGCAUCCAUCAUCAGACCCCUGUGGCAGCACUGGCGAGUCAGGCCCCUGCAAGCCUGUGGGAAGGCAGAGGAUACGUGUGUCCCUGGGUGUGGGGCUGGUCCCCAAAACCCAUGGAACCCCAUGUGUGGCUGCCCUGCCUGCUCUACUGGCAGCUCCUGCCUGCUGUGCUCCUCACCAACACCCAUGGGUGGGGUGCAAGGGGCUGGUUCCCCCCUGCACGGAGCAGGGACACAGCCCUGGGGAGGGAGCUGCCCCUGUGCAGCCUCCACUGAGGGGGUCCCACUGCCUGAGGUGGGGGCUGUAUCCUGGUGGCCCUGUCUUAUUGCUGAAGGUCUGGGAGAAACUGGGUGCUUCAGGGGGUGGGGGGCAAACCUGACCCCCUGCUUGGAGCCACCCAGGGCUGUGUGUGUGCGUGUGAGUGUCUGUGGGUGCCUGUGUCCCCCCCGGGCUGCCAGAGGGCCUGCAGCCCACACCAUGCUGGACCUGGUAUUUAUGAAGACAGAAGUUCCUCUUUUCUACUGU